AUUUCUUAUUGCUGAAAGACUACGUUUCCAUUGUGACUCUUGAGUAUGUUUUAACGUGCCAACUAGCCUCUGUUUUGCUUAUUUUAGGGAAAUGUCCCGCCUCUCCCCCUUACUCAACUGUGUGUACAGAGUGUCCUGUCGGCUCAUGUGGAAAAUUUACCCCACUCACCCUUCAUUUCCCGGACAAAUGCGAAUAUUGUUAGCUGGUAAAAAGGACCUGAUAAACCUUCCUGUCCUGAAUGAAGACGAGCUUGAGGAGCAGUUCGUGAGAGGAUCUGGACCUGGAGGACAGGCAACCAACAAAACCAGCAACUGUGUGGUUCUGAAGCACAUCCCCAGUGGAAUCGUUGUGAAGUGCCAUCAAACCAGAUCUGUUGAUAUCAACAGAAAGCGAGCGCGGGACAUUAUGAGGGAGAAACUUGAUGUUCUUUAUAAAGGAGAACUCAGUGAAAUCCUGGUGAAGAAGAAAGAAUCUGAACUGAGGAAACAAGAGAAGAGGAGGAGGGUGAACAAAAACCUGGAGAGAAAAAGACAAUUUAAAGAAACCCUGGCUGCAGCUUCAGAACCUGGAAAAGACCAUGUUUGAAGUGUUGUGAUUGGAAUUUUAAAUGGUUUGGGGUGCAGAUAGGCUAGUGGUUUAAGGCACGCCCCAUGUAUGCGGGCGGCCCGGGCUUGAAUCCAGCCUGUGGCCCUUUCCCGUAUGUCACUCCCCAGUCUCUCAUACCUGUUUCUCACUCUAUUUACUGUCCUCCUCUAUCAAAUAAAGGCACAAAAAAGCCUAAAAUAAAUCUUUAAAAAAAAAAAGGGGGGGUUCAUUUUUGACUACUUGAGAUGACCCUUAAAUGACUUAUUAUGACUUGGCUUAAGUUUUAAAUACAGCAGAUGCCACUGACCGGUAGCCAAAGGGCCAGUGUCACUCAGACUUUGCUUAAGUUUGAAAUAUGGCAAAUAUGUAUUGUUGGUAUAGAGAUGUGGUCAGAGAGGGGCUCUGAUUUACUUUACAUGAAUAAUUAAUGCCACCUAUCUGCUAAUGCCUCAGAGAAGUGCAUGUGACACAACUGUACGUUUUUGGUCGUGGGUGUUUUCCAUGUAUUGCAGAAUUGUUUUAUCCAUUAAAAGA